GUUUAACUGACAAAAGACACUGCGAUUCUUCUGACCGAUUAAAACUCAAAAUAACAAAUUAAAAACCUAACCAAAAAAAUGAGAAGGGCUGAAGAAUGAAGAGCAACCCACGCAGACGAGUAAAAUUGUCCAGAUCCAGUCUACGAUUUCUCACUUUGAAAUUAGCAGCCGAUUCAAACUUCUAUCAACUCUAUCGAUAAGACCGGUGAUUCUGUUUUAGUUGGGUGGAGUUGGUCGAGUUUCUUUGUGUCGGUGGUUGAAAGUUCUCAGGUUUUGGGAGGAAAAAGAAAAAAAAAAAAGCAGAUGCCGGACGAGGAUUUUGUGGAGGUCAAGUUCAGAUUGCACGAUGGAUCAGAUAUGGGUCCUUUUCGAUAUUCACCCACCUCCACCGUUGCUAUCCUCAAGGAGAGAGUUGUAUCCGAGUGGCCUAAAGAUCAAAGAAUUGCACCAAGGUCCGCCGGCGAUGUGAAAUUGAUAAGUGCUGGGAAGGUAUUGGAAAACAAUAGGACCCUUGCUCAGUGCAAGAUGCCAUUUGACGAGCUACCAAAUGGAGUUGUCACCAUGCAUGCCGUUGUACAGCCUAUAUAUGUAAAAGCAAAAACAGGUGUACAAAAAUGCUUGAUCACAAGGCACUCCAGCUCUAAACUGUAUUUGUGCAGCUUUACAAUUAGUCUUUGCGUUUCAUCCAUUUUUCGCAUAUCUGUCGCAGAGAAGAAGGUCGACGAGGUUCCCCAGAAAAACCUGUGUUCAUGUUCAAUAUUGCUCGAUUCUGAACACCUGCCUAAGGUGGCCAUCCACCCAGUGUGGGAUGAUCCCAUUUUCAUUAAAUCUGAUACUUUCAGAAGGUGUAGUAGCCCAGUGCAAGUAUAUAAACGUAAAUCCCAAUCACUCCUCGAUCUUGGUGGCAUUUCAUACUGUAACUCAUUAGGGUUCCAUAGCCGUAUAUCAGAACUCGCAGCAGAAAUGGCUCCGAAGAAGGGCGCGAAACCUGUGGCCAAGAAGAAGGUCGAGAAAGUGGUGAACCCGCUGUUCGAGAAGAGGCCGAAGCAGUUCGGCAUCGGAGGAGCUCUCCCGCCGAAGAAGGAUCUGCACAGAUUCGUGAAAUGGCCGCAAGUGGUGAGGAUCCAGAGGAAGAAGAUGAUACUGAAGCAGAGGCUGAAGGUCCCGCCGUCUAUUCAUCAGUUCUCCAAGACUCUCGACAAGAACUUGGUCCCAUUUCCAUUCUCUAAUACAGCAACAAGCCUCUUCAAGAUGCUUCUCAAGUACAGGCCAGAAGAUAAAGCCCAAAAGAAAGAGCGUCUUUUGAAAAGAGCUCAAGCAGAAGCUGAAGGAAAAGCCCCUGAGUUGAAAAAGCCCAUUGUGGUCAAAUAUGGUCUCAACCAUGUGACCUACCUCAUCGAGCAGAACAAAGCUCAAUUGGUGGUAAUUGCUCAUGAUGUGGACCCAAUCGAGCUUGUUGUGUGGCUCCCUGCCCUCUGCAGGAAAAUGGAGAUUCCUUACUGCAUUGUGAAGGGCAAGGCUAGACUUGGAACAAUUGUUCAUAAGAAGACUGCCUCUGUUUUGUGUUUGACCUCCGUGAAGAAUGAAGACAAGCUGGAGUUCAGCAAGAUCCUGGAAGCUAUCAAGGCUAACUUCAAUGAUAAGUAUGACGAAAUCCGUAAGAAGUGGGGAGGUGGUGUUAUGGGAUCAAAAUCCCAGGCUAAGACCAAGGCCAAAGAGAGGCUUCUAGCCAAGGAAGCUGCUCAGAGGAUGACUUAAGAGUGCUUAUGUUUGUUAGUGAGAUGCAAAGUCAGGAUUUUUUGAAUGCCGAUGUUCUAAGAUUAACUAUUGGACUUGUUUAUUUGUUCACAUUUGUCAUAUGUUGUCCAAAUUUGCAGUUUGCCUGUUUUACAGUUAUAUACUGUGCUUUUGAGGGUGACUUUGAUGAAAUCUCUACUUAUCAAAUUCUAUGGUGUCUUGAGACCUCUCGUGUUUCUUUUGGAAAGAUGAUCCCUAUGGCUUCACCACAUGUGCCACUGUAGCGUAUGAGUAAAAUCUAGAAUGGUGACUUGAAAUUCGGUGGAAAACAUAUUGUGCCAACAUAAUUGUAGUAGAAUUUGAGAAUUUGUUGGUCAAAUAGUUGAACAUUUGAUGAG